GAUUCUUUUUGAAACGAGGCUAAUCCAAGAUGCAGUUCAGUUACCAUAGGCCAAAAUGGAGGACGUGAAGCCAGUCGUUGGAAUGAAAAGACCGCUAGUUGAGGAGUAUGAUAGCGAAGAGGAAGUUGAGCAGAAGGCUAGAGUAAAAGUUGAAUCAAACCGAGGUCGCCACUGUCCUUAUCUUGACACAAUAAACAGAUCAGUAUUGGAUUUUGACUUUGAAAAGCUUUGCACUGUUUCUCUGUCACAUCUUAAUGUCUAUGCCUGUUUGGUGUGUGGAAAGUAUUUCCAAGGAAGAGGAGAACAUUCCCAUGCAUACACCCACAGUGUUCAUGUUAGUCACCAUGUUUACAUGAACUUACAUACAUUAAAGUUUUAUUGCUUGCCAGACAACUAUGAAAUUGUCGACUCAUCGUUGGAUGACAUCAAGUAUGUGCUAAAACCAACGUUUACCAAAGAACUGAUUGAAAGACUCGAUUCAAACGGUGAUAUGUCACGUGCUUUUGAUGGCACUUUGUAUCUUCCGGGCAUUGUUGGGGUCAACAAUAUAAAGGCGAACGAUUAUUUGAAUGUCGUCUUGCAGGCUUUGUCUUUUGUCACUCCGAUUCGAAACUUCUUCUUGAAAGAAGACAAUUACGGCUCAAUCAAGAGGCCGCCAGGUGACACGAUGUUUCCGCUUGUGCAAAGAUUCGGAGAGCUCAUCAGAAAAAUCUGGAAUCCUAGAAACUUCAAAGCACAUGUCAGUCCACACGAAAUGUUGCAGGCGGUCUCUUCAUGCAGCAAGAAAAAGUUUCAAUUUACUGCCCAAGGUUUCCCGAUUGACUUCUUGUCAUGGUUUCUAAACUCGAUUCAUAUCACAUUAAAUGGGACCAAAAAACCAAACAGCAGUACAAUCUUCAAAACAUUCAGAGGAGAAAUGAUUGUUCACAGCAGAAAACUCCCACAAACUGAGAACGAGGAUGAGAUGAAAAAACUCAUGGAACUUGACGAAUACAAAGAAACAAAAAGCCAGGCACCAUUUCUGUACUUAACGCUUGAUAUCCCCCAAGCACCACUUUUUAAGGAUGAACUGGAGGCAAAUAUCAUUCCACAGGUUCCACUCAUUAAUCUACUUCAGAAGUUUGAUGGCGUGCAAGAAAAGGAAUAUAAAACAUACAAAGAAAGUUUUGUGAAAAGAUUCCAGCUAACAAAGCUGCCACCCUAUUUGAUAAUCUUUCUCAAGAGAUUCAACAACAACACAUUUUUCAUCGAAAAAAAUCCAACCAUUGUCAAUUUUCCAAUCAAAAACUUGGAUAUGAAAGAAUACUUGGUAGAUGACCCGAAGGUAGUAGAAAAACAUCCUCAUACAUCUUAUGAUCUCGUCGCCAACAUAUCACAUGACGGAGAACCAGGCUCUGGGAAAGGAAACUUUAAAGUUCAUGUCUAUCACAAGGGCGCUAAGCAUUGGUUUGAGCUUCAAGAUUUACACGUGAAAGAAAUUCUUCCGCCAAUGAUCACACUUUCAGAGUCCUAUAUCCAGAUAUGGGAGUUGCAACAGAGCUGAUCGGCUCUACAUGCCUACAUGAAGGCGACAACCUGGUGAAGACGACUUACAAAGAGAAGUGGUCAGAAGUGAAGACCAACGGUUGAUAAAUUCUGAUGGGUUACAACAUUGGGAAGAAUACUUACAAUAAUACUAAAUAUCUUAUUUAUGGAGACGGAUUGAAGAAUCUUUCCAGUGUAAACGUGUUAAGAUUCUUGUUUUAAAUUUCGCCACAUAACAUUUCGUCCUGUUAUUGUAGCCAUGAUAAUCGACUUUCAGGUAAGAAUCGAAUAGAGUUUCUCAGUUGAAGUCUCAGGGUUGUUUGUUUCAGUCUUUGUGAAUCCAACAUUUUUAGUGGUAGCUUUUGUGGAUAAUAGAAUUGAUCCAGCAGAGUCAAUGCCAGUUACUUUAACAUAUUUCUCUGUCGUAGCUAAUAUGUAGGGUGUGAAAGACUGUGGUCCUCGUGCUGUUUGACUUAGAUCUUCUUCAUCAGUCAAUAGUUAGAGGAUUUGCGUCUAUUUUAAAUGGGUGCGGUGGAGAGUUUUAAAAGAAACUAUCCUUGUCCCCUUUGAUGUACACCUUCACCUGUUUGAAUAAUUACGAGUAGGUUUUUUUAUGUAGUAAUCAAUAAUUUUUCACUUCUAUUGGUCGAACAAUAUCCAUUUGAUCAGAUGGUAAAUCUCAACAUAAA